UUGGAAUUUGGAAUUCUCCCUCCAAAUUAUUUGACAAACACGUCUUCUAUAAAACCAUCCUGUCUAAACUUCCUUCACGAAGCCUCAUCUCUCUCUCUCUCCCCCAUCCCUCUUUGAAGCUUUAUUCUCUCUGGCGGUUCCUAUUGAGCGUAAGAUGCCACAGGUGGAUCUGGAAACCCUAGUUUCUGCCUGCGCCGGAGGAUCCAGCGACCGUAAGAUUACCUGCGAAACCCUAGCCCACGCCGGUGACGAUCACAAGCCGGAUGAGGCGCCGGAUUUCCCGCCGGAAUCAUUCUGGCUUUCCAAGGACGCAGAGCUUGACUGGUUUGAUCGGAACGCUUUCAUCCAGCGUAAGGACUCCACUAAAGGAAACGCUCAUUCCGCGAACCUAAAUCCGAACUUGAUCCCUGGAUCGAACUCCAGUUCUCAACGAUUCUCUCACAAUUUGAAGUCUAAAGCGUCUAUCUUUACCCUACCAAAGCCGCAAAAGCCGAAUUAUGCCGAUACGAAGAACCGCAGGAACUGUAAACAAGGAAACACUCGACUGUUCCCUAAGCGAUCCGGAUCCGUCGUUAAAUCGGACUCUUCGCUAGUUGAGCCGUCUUCGCCCAAGGUUUCUUGUAUAGGAAGAGUAAGAUCCAAGAGAGAUCGAAACCGUCGGUUCAGGAAUCGGCAGAAGUCAUCUGAACGGGGGUUGAAAAAGGAAUCUGAACUGCAAUCCAGUAAGGAAAAACCGGCGGAGAGACGAAGGGAUAGAUUCUUUGCAGGUUUUCGAGCAAUUUUCCGGUCUUCUCGUAGAGACAAAAAAGCGAAAGACGGGUCACAUAGAGUAUCGCCUUCAAGAAAGGGCUCAGCGACAAAAACGACUGAUAUUAGGAGCCGAUUACCACCCGGUGAUUCCGACAUAGACUCACCGGCGAGACGGAACUCAUUGGACAGAGCGCAUGACGUUGCUGAACCGGUUGGUUUGGGCGGAAUGAAACGGUUCACGUCUGGUAGAAGAGCGGAGUCUUGGGGCACCGUAGUUGACGUGGCGUGAAGCGGGUCGUUGGAUCGUUGGGCUCACAUGCAGCAGUUUAACAGAUUUCACCCAAGCCGGUGGUAAAUUACCGUUAUCGCCCUUUUUGUUUGUUUUUUUUCCGGUCUUGUUUUGUUUCGGUUUUUUGCUCUCUUUUGACCUUCCUCUUCUAGAAUUUGAGAAUACGUCUUGUAAAUAUGUUUUGCGAUUGUAUUUGGAAGGAGCUAGGCUGUGUAUAUAUUAUUGUAUGAACCAGCACCACCUAAUAAAACAAUGUUACGACACCUGCGUUACUAGU